AUGCAGUCCAAACCCCGAUUCGGUCCCAGACCUCUGUAUUUCGAAAAGGUGGAGGACGACGAGGACAUUGCCGCAGCUUCCCUAGACGAGGCAGAGGUCAUUUCUUUGCCCGACUUCGUCGCCGUUCAGCCACGAAGCUUCGACGACGAGGUUGUCGAGGCACGCCGCCGUGUCGACGACAGCUACGAAGCUCUACGAGCCAAGGUCGACGGAGUGCCGGCCUUGCUCGAGGCGGUCGACGUCGACGGCUGGCAGCUUGAGAGGUCGCAGUUUGAGCUGGUUGAAGAGGUGGACGAAGACCUCAAGGAGCUUCAGAUCCUCCUUGGCUGCUGCCGGUGCCCUGGGAAUCGCCUCCGUUUGGAGGGAGCGCUCCGCGAGUUCGAGGUGUCACUCCGUGCGAAGCGGACAUGGGCAUGGUUUCCCCUGAAGCGGUACGAGUGGUCCGGUUAUCAAUACCAAGAGCCGGUCAUCACGCUCGAUUUUCACGUUCCAGGAGCGGGCGCGCUCUCCAAGGAGGACAUCCAUUGCGACUUCGGAGCCGAUCAUUUCGACUUAAAGAUUUGGAACGUGGAGUGGCCCGAGGAUCCCGGCGUGAAGUAUCACCACCGCGUACGGAAGACUCGGCUGAUGCGGGACAUCGAGCCGCAACGGAGCUUCGUUGAAGCCGAAGGCAACCACGUCUACGUGAAGCUCCAGAAGGUCUAUGACCCACGGCACGGCUACUGCGCGUGGCCCGACUUGGCUGCUGGCUCCAAGAGGAAGCCCUUCCAGUAUCAGGAAGAUGCCCCGGAUGGUGGCUUGAUGGAUUUUCUGGAAGGCGAGUACGAGAAGUACGAGGCCGAGCCCGGUCCAUCCCGAAGCGUUCAGAGCUUUAGGGCCUCUUAG